AUGGACUCGUCGGGCGGAACGAAAGCGAAUAUCAGAUCCAUGUGCGAUAACCCGGCUUUCCAGACGGAUGCGUUGAACUGUGCCACUGGGGUAUGCACUUCGCAAGAGUUACAAGGCUUUUUUCAGAUGGGAAAAGAGCUAUGUGAGAUGCCGAUGCAGGACAAUCGACAAGAGUACCGAGCGGUCAUUGCUGUAUUUGCGGCGCUAUCGUUCUUGUUUGUCAUGCUGAGGGUGGCAGCGAAGAUCAUCACCAAGAAUACUUGGGGCGCUGAUGAUACCUGGGGAGUCGUCACUUUUGUAUGCUGGCCCUCGGUUUGCGAUAUCUAUGCUGACGGUGGACAGUUCAUUCUUAUUCCAUUCACGGUGUUCACGCUACUCGCUAUAAAACAUGGCGUUGGACUUGCUACGCCCUUGUAUACCCAGGAUGACCUGUCUCAUGCCCUAAAGGAGAUCUUUAUCCUUCACCUUCUCUACGUAUGCGGUCUUGCAGCGGCCAAGACGUCGAUUCUUUUCUUUUACCUACGAGUCUUCCAAGGUACUACGUUCAGAAUCCUUGUCUGGAUAACACAUGUCUUCAACGCCUUGUCUACUGUCGUCCUGCUCAUUCUCGCCUUGACACUAGGGCGGUCUGUGACUUAUCUUCUUGGAGAUACAGAAGAUUCGGUGUCCAACCUGAAUAAGUACUCCAACAGCAUCAAGAUUGCCUUGGCGCAUUGCAUCGUCAACCUGGUUCUUGACAUAUGGAUGCUUAUCCUGCCAAUGACCCAGAUUUAUAAUAUAGGGCUAAAGCUCAAUAAGAAGAUCAACGUGAUGGCUAUGUUUGGCCUUGGUAUAUUCCUUACAGUGGCCAGCUUGGUUCGUACGAUAUUUCAGUCACAGCUUCUCGCUGAUCCAGAAGAAGCGCAGACGGGUCAACAACAAGUGGUGCUUUGGGCGUGUAUCGAGACAUACAUGGGCGCUAUAGUGGCCUGCGUGCCUUCAACACGUCAACUUGUGAUGAAGGUGAUUUACAAGAUGAGGAAGCAGAAAGAAGGGCAGUCAACAAAUAAGCCGAUUUUCAUCGAUAGGUCGUUGGCGCCGAUACCGGAUGAAGACGACAUGCCGACGUUGAGUGACGUUGGGGGACUGACGACUGUUACAGUCAGCAGUGGACAGACGGCAGUGUCGGGGACGGAGUAUGAGAAGCAGCUUAUUACUAAGGCAGAUCGAUGA